CUCACAGAAACUUCCGCUCAAGAUAAUUCUCUUGAUUAGAGCGCACGUGGGCAAUUGUGCGUCUUGUUUCUUUUGAUCGGCAUAUUUAUAUUCGUUCGUUGGAAAAACACUUUAAUAAAGAUUACAAUCAUGGUGAAGACACAUUGUGGGGUUAAAGCCCCUCGGACGCAAUCGAUUAACCAUUCACAACACAGCAUGAAUCCAGAAAGAUCAUCAGAAGGGUUAAAAGGUGUGGCACACGUCAGGACAAAAGGCACCAUCAAACGUUUACAGAUGUACCGCAAGUUCAAAGCCAAACGUGACAGAUCCGGCAAGAUCAUUUGCCCCGCACCUUUUCAAUCGUGGGUGUCAUCUGGCACUGUCGCUCGAGUCGAACCCAACAGAAAAUGGUUUGAUAAUUCAAGAGUGAUCAGCCAAACCGCUUUACAAAACUUUCAAGAAGAAAUUGGUCGAGCUGUGAAAAAUCCGUAUGAUGUUGUUAUGAAACCGACUCAGCUUCCUAUAACGUUGUUAAAUGAGAAGAGUAAGCACGCAAGAGUGCAUUUGCUCGAUACCGAAAGCUACGAAUCGACUUUCGGUGCCAAAAAGACGAGGAAGAAACCAAAUUUGAAAUGUAAAGAUGAAACACAUUUUUCCGAAAUAGUGAAAACUGAAAACGAACUGUAUAAAGACGAUAAUGAUUAUGAUAAAGUAAAGGAAGACACAGGGGAAAAAGUACUUGUCAAAGAUUGGGUUAUGGGUGCAGGCCAGAGCAAAAGAAUCUGGAACGAGCUUUUUAAAGUUGUUGACUCUUCUGAUAUUUUGCUGAUGGUUCUGGAUGCAAGAGAUCCACUUGGCACCAGAUCUCAUUAUGUCGAACAAUUCUUGAGAGAUAACAAACCUCAUAAACAUCUUGUAUUCAUUUUAAAUAAAGUGGAUUUGGUUCCAACAUGGGUCACCCAAAGAUGGGUAGCGAUACUGAGCAGGGAAUAUCCUACAAUAGCAUUUCACGCUUCGAUGAAUCAUCCAUUUGGCAAAGGUACACUUAUAAAUUUACUUAGACAAUUUUCUAAAUUGCACGCUGAUAAAAAACAAAUUAGUGUCGGCCUUGUUGGGUAUCCAAAUGUAGGAAAAAGCUCCAUAAUCAAUUCAUUGAGAUCAAAGAAAGUUUGUAAAGUAGCGCCAAUUGCCGGAGAAACGAAAGUUUGGCAGUAUGUGACAUUGAUGAGAAGAAUUUAUCUGAUUGAUUGCCCGGGUGUCAUAUAUGCAACCGGAGAGUCUGAACAUGACACGGAGAAAGUUUUAAAAGGAAUUGUUAGGAUAGAAAAUGUCCAGGAACCAGAGCAAUACAUCCCGGCUUUACUCAAUAAGAUAAAAAAAGAAUAUAUAUGUCGGACUUACGGAAUUGACAAUUGGGAAGACGACACGGAUUUUUUGCAAAAGAUGGCCGAGAAAACUGGGAAGCUUCUUAAAGGUGGAGAGCCUGAUGUCCAUAUUGUCUCGAGGAUGGUGUUAAACGACUUACAGCGAGGAAAACUGCCUUACUACACACCUCCUGUUGGAUUUGAGGUGCCUAAAUCCCAAGAAGCUUCAGAAGGCACAAGUAACAACAACGCGUCAACUUCGCAUCCGUUUGAAUUAGUUCAGGACUUCAGCAAAAUCAGAGUUGGCCUUGAAUUUCCAGGCGAGACUAAUGUCUUGGAGCCUAUUAAGAGUCUUACUAAGGACGAGAGUAAGAAAGUCAUCGAACAAAGCGAAGAAUCUUCAAGUAGCGAGGAAUCAGAAGAAGAAGAAACAAACGAACCAGAUGAAACUUAUACUGGGCCUAAUUUGACAAGCAAAGAACGAAGAAGAAUAAUGAGGCAAAUGAGGAGAAAGAAAACAGGAAGCAACUUUUAUCAAGUUGCAAAUGUUAAAAACCGCAAUAGAGAACGUAAAAUACCAAAAUAACACAAUAUGUUAAUUUGUCUGUUGUUACCUUCUGUUUUUCGGUAUUAUAAAUAUAUAUAAUCUUGAUUAAA